GUAAUAGUCAUUGUGGUUGGUUAUGGUAUUACAUUCGCAGACUUUUCACUAUGGACUGGCACUGAUGAGAAGGGUAAUUCGAAAUUUUUUCCGUAUGGAGUGAACGGAAUGCUUGCUGGUGCCGCAUCCUGUUUCUUCGCAUACAUCGGUUUCGACGGUUUAGCCACUGCCGGUGAAGAGGCAAAAAUACAUGUUCCUAGCCACAACUCGAUCUCCUACCUUUUUAGCGAAUUUCUGACUUCUACCAUUGCUUCAUAA